AUGGCGCGACCGAUGUCGUCGAUGUCGUCGCGCGCCGCGGGACGGGUUGUGGCGCGGAAGACGAACGCGCGAGUGUCGAGGACGUCGGUGACGAUGAAGUCGACGAUGGAGUGGACGCGCGCGCGCCGCGGGACGGCGACGCGCGCGACAAACGGCGGGAACGGCGGGAACGGUGGCGGUGGAAACGGUGGAAACGGUGGGAACGGCGAUGGUUUUGGUUCUUCUAACGAUGGUCAAAACGGUGGCGUUCGCGCUUUAUGGGCGGCGUACCUCGGGGCGCUGGAAAAGAACCCGCUGCCAACGAAGAUGGCGACGUCGGGCGUGCUCAACGCGCUCGGUGACUUGUUCGCGCAGUUCGCGUUCGAUGACGCGGCGAACAAGGGCGUGGACUGGCGACGCGCCGGAAUCUUUACCAUACUCGGGAGCUUUUUGGUCGGUCCGGCGCUGCACUUCUGGUACGGUACGCUCGGGAAGAUUGUCACCGCGCAAGGGAGCGCGAAGGCGUUCAUCAGCCUCGCGCUCGACCAAGGCGUCUUCGCCCCGACGUUUCUGUGCGUUUUCCUCUCCGCGCUCUUCACCAUCGACGGUAAACCUCAAGAGAUCGCGCCCAAGCUUAAGCAAGAUUUUGCGAGCACGGUGACUAUGAACUGGAAAAUUUGGAUUCCUUUCCAAUUCUUAAACUUCCGAUACGUCCCGCUCCAGUUGCAAGUCGCAGCGGCCAACGUGGUGGCGCUCCUGUGGAAUACCUACCUGUCGUGGGCGUCGCACAAGGAAGUAGUCGUCGUAGAGACCUCGUCGAAGGGCAAAAAGAAGAAGAAUUAG